CGCCGUACGGACAUUACUAACGAAUCGUUUUAGCGGUAGCGAUAAAUCUCUGCUUUUCAUUACUAAUUUUUGUCGGAAGAAUCUUUUUACUGUUACGUUAAUAUUUGCUAAUGGAGCAAAUACUAUUGAAGCUUCUCGUAGCCGAUAACGCUACUAUACAAGAGGGCACUGCAGAACUUCGAAAAGCGUUCAAGAAACCUGAAAGUACACCUGCUUUGUGCCAACUCGUUGUAUCUUCUGCAAAUCCACAAAUCAGGCAAUAUGCAGCGGUUUUACUUAGAAAACGUUAUAACAAAGGAAAACAUUGGACAGAAUUACCAGAAAACAUACGUACUGAUUUUAAAACAAUGAUCUUACCAGCAUUAUGCAACGAACCAGAAAAGUUUGUAAAAAAUGCUAUAGUUCAAUUAAUAGGUACCAUAGUUAAACACGAACUACCUAAUAACGAUUGGCCAGAAGUCUUACGGUUUGUGCAACAAUUAGUUACAAGUGAAAAUACAUUUGACAAAGAGUUAGGUAUGUAUACAUUGGCCACUAUGACAGAGAUAGCACCAAGUGCAUAUUUCGUUUAUGCAGAAUCAGUUGUCAUUCUUCUUUCUCAGACGCUAAAUAGUCUUCAAGAGUUAGGAAAUCCUAUUGCAUAUUAUGUUAUACAAACAUUACAAAAUUUAAUUCCUUUGGUUGAAGGUAAUCAGAAUAUAAUAAAUAUUUAUCAACGUAUGAUGAUACAAAUAAUGGCAGCAAUACUAGCUUUAGCAGAAGUUGACGAAGAUAAAGCUACAACAUGUUUUGAAUUAUUAGAUGAAUUAUGCGAAAAUGAAAUUACCGUGAUAGCGCCACAUGUGAAGGCACUUAUUAAUCUGUGCCUUGCCAUCAUCAAUAACAAAUCUUUAUCCGAUCCUCUUCGAGUUAAAGCAAUUAGCUUUAUUGGCUGGCUUGCAAGAACCAAAAAAAAGGCCCUUGUUAAACACAAAUUGGUUGAAUCGAUUAUUAAUACAUUGUUUGCACUUAUGUCGUCUCGUCCUGAUGAUGAUAAUGAGGAAGUUUAUUUCAGUGGAGAGAAUGAAGAUAAUACACCUAUUACUUGUGCAACUCAAACAUUGGAUACAUUAGCUUUGCAUUUACCUCCUGAAAAACUAAUUCCACAUUUGUUAAAGCAUAUUGAACCAAGUCUUCAAGGUUCUGAUAUUUAUGCAAAAAAAUCAUCAUAUUUAGUUAUGGCAGUACUUGCUGAAGGUUGUUCUGAGCAUAUUCGAACCAAGUAUCUAGAAUCUUUUUUGCGUUGCAUUUGUCAAGGAAUUACCGAUGCUGCACCUGUCGUACGAAAUGCUGCUCUUUUUGCGCUUGGUCAAUUUUCUGAACAUUUACAACCAGAUAUAUCUCAAUAUUCGUCUGAAUUACUUCCACUUCUAUUCGAGUAUCUUGGUCAAGUAUGUGCUCUUAUCAGACAAGAGAAAAAAGAACCGCCAUCGAUCGAUCGAAUGUUUUACGCUCUUGAAAUGUUUUGUGAAAAUUUAAAUGAAAGUUUAUUACCAUAUUUACCUACUUUGAUGGAAAGGCUUUUUGAAAUUUUAAGCGCAGAAACUUCGGUACAUGUAAAAGAAUUAUCACUUAGUGCCAUUGGCUCAGCAGCUUAUGCUAGUAAGGAACAUAUGUUGCCUUAUUUUGAAAAAAUUAUUUCUAUUCUUAACGGUUACCUUACGGAAAAACAAACAGAUGAAACUAUGUGUCUUCAAAUUCAAGCUGUUGAUACUCUUGGAGUAAUUGCUAGAACAAUAGGGGAUGAGCAUUUUGCUCCGCUUGCUACUAGAUCUCUAGAAUUUGGAUUGAAAUUAUUAAAGGAAACCGAAGACCCUGAUUUGCGAAAAUCUAUUUAUGGCUUAUUUGCUUCGAUCAGCACAGUUAUGAAAAAAGAAAUAGCUAUGGCAUUGCCUCAAAUUGUUGAGUAUGCGAUAAACAGUAUACAAAGUUCUGAAGGUAUAGUGCCUCACUUUAAAGAAGAUGAAACAACUGCUUUUCCGAUAUAUGAAGAUCUUAGCGAUGAAAAUGAUGAUGAAGAAGAUAUAGAAAAUACAGAUAAUGAAGAAGACGGAGAUGAUGACGAUGUAGCAGGUUACAGUGUAGAAAAUGCUUAUAUCGAAGAAAAAGAAGAGGCAAUCAUGGCACUCAAAGAGAUUGCGCAAUAUACAGAGGAAGCAUUUUUACCAUAUCUUGAGAAAUCAUUCGAAGAGGUCUUUAAAUUAAUUAACUAUCCCCAAGAAGAUAUUCGAAAGGCAGCUAUAGAGGCUUUGUUGCAAUUUUGUAUCAACUUUUCCAAAAUUAAUUCUAAUGAAGGCAGACAGUCAUUAUUUAAGGCUCUGUCAGUUUUUGUUCCAAAACUAUCAGAAUUGAUUAGGUUAGACGAUGAGAGAACGGUAGCUAUAAGUGGGUUGGAUGCAUAUUCAGAGCUACUUAAAGAAAUAAAAUCUGAUGUUGUUAUUGGCGAAGGUCAUAAAUAUGCUAUUAUGAAUUGCAUAACAGAUGUUAUGUCAGGUAAGACUAAAUGUCAAGAUCAAGAAGAAGGAGAGGGUGUAGAGAUUGAGGCAGAACAAGACGAACUCUUAGUCGAAUGUGCAGGUGAUGUACUUUCGAAUCUUGGAAAAGCCAUUUCUUCUGAAGACUUUGCUCUUUACUUUCAAGUAGUUUUACCAAUGCUUAUAGAAAGAUCGAAAAAAAACAAAUCCGAUGCACAAAGAUCUUUUGCAGUUGGUAUGAUUUCCGAAUGUUUUUCUGGACUUGAACAUGCUGUAGCCGCUUUUGUACCGCAACUUCUUCCUACUUUUUUUAAGUUUACUAAUGACUCUAAUGCUGACGUUCGUAAUAAUGCAAUAUUUGGAAUCGGUGAACUUGCCUUCCAUGGUAAAGAAGCUGUUUAUUCUCACUAUCCUGACAUUUUACAAGUCUUAUCAAGUGCUAUUGCUAAAGAAUCGCACGUAGGUGCUCGAGAUAACAUUCUAGGUGCAAUAGCACGCUUAAUUAUUGUGAACUAUGGAAUUUUGCCAUUGGACCAAGUUUUUCCAGUGUUUGUCAAUCAAUUACCAUUGAAAGAAGAUUUUCAAGAAAAUAAGGCUGUUUUUAGAAGUAUUUUAACCUUAUAUCAGGCUGGUCAUAACAUAUUACAAUCUCACAUGCGUGCAUUACUUCAAGUUGCAAUCAGCGUUUUGCAAGAAGGAAAAACUACCGACGAUGAAGCAAGAAACCUUGUAAUGGAGUUUGUGCGAUCUGCGCAACGAGAUUUCCCGAACGAUUGGAAUUCUGUCUACACCGAAUUACCACCAGAAAUAGCUACAAAUAUUCAACAGAUGUUUUCCUAAGUUAUAUUUUAAUUACAUUCAAAUCUUCACUUGUUUAACAUAAACUUCAAAUAUUAUGCACGAAAUAUACACUUUAUUUUCGUAAAUUAGUAUCGUUCUAAGAAUUAGACACAGUGUUUCCAAAUAUCUUCAAUUUACAUUUGCGAUCAUUGUGACUUAUUUAUCUUAUAAAUUCAUUAUUAGAACAAUCACGAGACGAAUAUGACUAUGGAUAAUAGUAAUAUAGCCUUUUUUCUUUUUCUUUUUUAAGUCCACAUGUUACUAUUGCAUUAUCGAUACAAUAUAGAGAAUAACAUUGAAAUAUUUUGUAUCUUAAAGAGAAAUAUUAUAUUAUAUCUGUCAAAUGUCAAUUUCGGCAUUGAGUAAUAUCGUUUAUUUGUUUUUCUAUCUUCCGAAGUAAAGGUGCUAUUACUCUAAGAUAAAAUUGACAUAUAAAAUGAAUCAAAUGAAACAUUUCAAUAAACGUAUAUUGUGAGAGCACGAAUGUUAGAGGCGUUAUUACGAUAUAUUUUACAUUAUAUUUGUCUAUAAUCAAAACAUAUUCAAUAUAGAGAGCAGUACUCUAUCACGUAAACGUAUAAAUACACACACGUACACAUACAUAACAAACAUACGUACACAUAAUACUCAUAAAUGUAUAACUCGACGAAUAAAAACGUUAGAUUGGGUGCUUGUUAUAAAUUUAA